AUGUCCUCCCAGGCUUCUAUCGAAGCUGCACUUGGUCCUGAAAUCGUCUUUCUCGUUGUCGUCGCUGAAUUCUGGAUCCUCAGUAGGGUAGAACUUGGCCUCCGUGCCUUGCUCAGCUCUGGACACGAGGGUGUUAGCGUUCGCUUCAUGAUGGACGUGUUCAGCUCAAGACUCACGCUUUCCACCGAGCAUCGAGAGCUGCGUGAUGGUCCCUCAGACUCUUCUCCACAAACACUGCCUGCUCGUUCUCGCGCCUGCUCCUCCGCUACACAUCCUUUGGCGCGCAAUGAAGUCGAGGGCCAGGUGGACAACCUGCUGCAUUAUGUUGGCGAGGGCCGCGAUGUACGUAACCUUCAGUCUCAGUGCAACUGA